AUGGCGGAGAGCGAGCCGAGGUCUGAGGAGAGCGAUGAGGAGGAGCUGCCUACCUUAGCCUCCCUGUUGCAGCCCUCUGCAUCGUCGCCGCCACCGGCCGGCGAGUUGAGCUGCCGGCGGUCCUCAUCUCCCGCUCCCAAGCCGGGGAGAGCGGCAGGGGUGGUUGUGGUGGUGAGCAGUGGGAGCGAAGAAGAGGAGGUGGAGGUCGUCCCUCUGGCUGAGAGGAUCAAGAGGAGGGUGGAAGCAAAGAGGGAGGCGGCUUUUGAGCCCCUCCAGCCGGGCGGUGGGGAUGCAGCAGGGAGAGCUGGCCUUUGUGCUGGCGAUGACCUGUUGGCACCUGGCAGCGGAGGGCCGCAGGAAGCCCUGGUGUCGUCUGGAGAUGUGUCGUGUGGCAGCCAGAAUUGCACGCGAGGUGUUGAGAGGCCCUCCUUGUGCCCGCUGCCAGCCUCUCAGUCUGACUCCACAGGCCAGCCUAGUAGGCCCCUGGUAAACGGAGCAAGCCCAGAAACAUCCCCCACUCCCAAGAAGCCAAAAUAUAGUCAGAAGGAAAAGCAGGCAAUCUGCCAGGCUGCGUGGCAGAGGAGGAAGGAGCGAGAAGCACGGAGGAGGCAGCAGGAGCUGGAAAAAGAGAGGAAGAGGGCCCUUGCCAAGAUGCUGAAAGCUCAGCGACCAGGGGAGUGCCAGAAAUACAUAACAGUGGUGCUAGAUCCAGUUCUCUUGCAGGUAGAAGGUGGUGGACAGAUCCUUAGUGCUUUGCAAGCUGCGAAUUACUCCUGUGUGGUUGAGAAUCAGGCUGUUCCCUGCAGCAUCACCUGGAGGAGAAAGACUGUGUCAUUUCAGAUGGAAGAAGGAGAUGAAUGGACAGAAGAACCAAAUGUCCUGGUUCUGCUUCGCUUGGAGGAGUUUUUGUCCAUGGUUCACAACUACAAACAAGAGGCCCAGGGCUGUACAGAAGGACAGAAGGAGACCCUACAGAGCUAUGUAGCUCAUGUGAUGGAGAAAAUGCCUGGGAAAAUUCUGGCACUGGCAGUAGUUGAAGUAGAAAAUUAUUUCAGGUCCAUCCAAAUUCAGUCAAGAAAGAGACUGCAACAGGCAGCAAUGAGUGGAAACCAAGAAGAGGAACAGGGAAAACAGAGAAAAAGGAAAGUUAAGGAUUCUGGCCUGGAGAUAACCAGAAUGGACGUGGAAGAAGCCUUGGUGGAUCUGCAGCUGAGCAAACAAGUCCAAGUCAGCUUUUUUGAGAGCUGGGAGGAGCUUGGAGAGUUUGCCACUAUGUUCACAAAAGCUGUAGCUGAAGCACCGUUCAAGCGAGAGCGAGAGAAGACAGGGUUCCCUUUCUACUUAGAGAAGGGGUGGUGCGGAGGGGUGAAGGUGGAUCGUUCCGGAAAGGGUCUCUUGGAAGUUUGGAAGAGGCAGAUACAACAAUUUAACCGGGUCAGCCUCGAGAUGGCUGAGGCUAUUGUGUCUGCGUACCCUUCUCCUCAGCUUCUGAACCAGGCCUAUAGCAGAUGCUCCUUGGAGCAGGAGCGAGAAAACAUGCUGGCUAACAUCCCUGUGCACCGCGGUGAUGGUGUGACAGCCACCUCCCGGCGGAUCGGACCAGAACUCUCCCGACGAAUCUAUCUGCAGAUGACUUCCCACGAUCCUGAUCUCUGUUUGGAUUUCACUGGGUAGCCCCAGGGAAUGAGGAUUUUACUGUUUGCCUGGUUUAAGUAUUCAGCUUCCUUCUGGGAAGAAGUGCUUAGAUAACAAAUAGAGUCAUUGAUCCUAGUUUAAAGACUUAAAACACAUUUAGCCUUCGUUGUAGCAGAAGAUGGUUGGAUAAAAUUGCUGAAUGGCUGGAGUUUACACAAGAAGGAUGGUGAACAACUUCCAUAAGAACAUGAGUUGGACACGGCUUAUAGUACUGAUAGUUCCUUUUAUUUAUCUUCCUAGAAAAUAAAUAAUUUUGAAUAAUAAUAAUCUUUGCUUCUUAA